CAUUCCUGGGAAAUCCACAGCAAUGUCGGCCAGCGGAAUAUAUAUAAAGGAAAAAAGAAAAAAAGGAUAAAGCAAAUUGCAUUCGCACGAAAAACACACCAAUGAAAUGAAAAGGGCCCAAUAAAUAAGCAAAAAGUGAAGAAAAAAAACCCCUCUUUUGUUUUCUGUCUCCUUUUCGAUAUUCCUUUUUCUGUCUGGAAGAAGAAGCUGAAGCUGAAACAAAGAAGAAGAAGAAGCAGAGAGGUUAACCUGCUGCUAUUCGGAAUUGUUCCACUAGUUUGAAUUGGAUUGAGCAACCAUGUCACAGACAAACUGGGAAGCUGAUAAAAUGUUAGAUGUGUAUAUUCAUGAUUACUUACUGAAGAGAGAUUUAAAGGUUUCUGCUCAAGCAUUUCAAGCUGAAGGGAAAGUCUCAUCUGACCCAGUCGCAAUUGAUGCCCCUGGUGGUUUUCUAUUUGAAUGGUGGUCAGUAUUUUGGGAUAUAUUUAUUGCCCGGACCAAUGAGAAGCACUCAGAUGUUGCUGCAUCCUACAUUGAGACUCAAAUGAUGAAAGUAAGGGAGCAGCAACAGCAGCAAUCCAGCCAACCACAGCAUCCUCAACAGCAACAGCAAUUACAAAUGCAGCAGCAGCAGCUACUGUUGCAGAGGCAAGCUCAACAACAACAACAGCAGCAACAACAACAUACACAACAACAACAGCAGAGGGAUGGAAGCAAUCUUCUGAAUGGCACAGCUAAUGGGGUUGUAGGAAAUGAUUCUCUAAUAAGACACAAUCAUGGUGCAAACGCAUUGUCUACAAAAGCAUAUGAGGAAAGGUUAAAGCUAUCUGUCCAAAAAGAAUCUUCAGAUGAUGGCGCUUUGAAGUUACAGCAAAGAUUUGGCGAUAAUUUUAGUCAGCUGCUGGAUCCAAACCACUCAUCGAUUCUGAAAACUGCGGCAUCAACGGCUGGCCAGCCUUCAGGACAACUGGUGCAGGGUGCAGCUAAUGGAAUGUCCCCACAAGUUCAGGCUCGAAGCCAGCAACUUCCUGGGCCUACACUUGACAUGAAGACAGAAAUUAAUACCAUCCUGAACCCUCGAACUGCUGCACCUGAAGGAUCACUGAUUGGAAUACCUGGUUCUAAUCAAGGGAGUAACAACUUGACAUUGAAGGGGUGGCCAUUGACACUUCGAUCUGGGGCUCUCCAGCAACAAAAGUCGUUCAUGCAGGGGUCUCAGCAAUUUCACCAACUACAAAUGCUCUCACCUCAGCAACAACAGAUAAUGCUUGGACAGCAAAGCUUGGCUUCACCCUCUUCCAGUGAUAUUGAGGCCAGAAGGCUUAGAAUGCUUCUCAAUAGCCGAAAUGUGACCUUUGGGAAAGACAACCUCUCAAAUCCUGUGGGCGAUGUUCAAAAUAUUGAAUCACCUUUGCGGGGGGCUGGUUGCUCUGUGCUGCCGCAGGGUGAUCCAGACAUGAUAAUCAAGUUGAAGUUGGCUCAAUUACAACAACAGCAGCAGCAGCAACUGCAGCUUCAACAAACACUUUCUGGUCAGCAACCUCAAAGCUCUAAUAGCAGUCUUCAGCAAGAUAAGAUUAUAGUAACUGAGAGUGGCACUGGGGAUGCUAUGGUUUCAAAUUCCUUUCGUGGAAAUGAGGCUUCAAAAAACCAGAACAUGAGAAAGAGAAAGAUGCAUGGGUCAUCUUCGGGUGCUGUCAAUAGCUCUGGAACUGGAAACACAGUUGGACCUUCUCCUAGUUCAGCUCCCUCAACACCGUCUACCCAAACACCUAGUGAUGUAAUGUCUAUAACUGCCUUGCAACAAAGUGGUAAUUCGUCAAAACCAUUGGCGAUGUUUGGAUCAGAAAAUCAUGGCAAUCGUACAUCACCGUCAAACCAAUUGUGGAGUGACAAAGAUCUUGUUCAGACUGAUAUUGAUCGAUUUGUAGAUGAUGGUUCUCUGGAUGAUAAUGUUGAGUCUUUCUUAUCUCAAGAUGAUGUGGAACCUAGAGAUACAUCUGAGCGUGGUAUGGAUGUUGGUAAAGGAUUUACAUUUAAGGAAGUGCUUUCUGCUAGAGCAAGUGCCAGUAAAGUAAGCUGCUGCCACUUGUCAUCAGAUGGGAAACUGCUUGCCAGUGGUGGCCAUGAUAAAAAGGCUGUAUUGUGGUACACAGAUACCUUAAAGCAUAAAACGACUCUUGAAGAGCAUUCAUCACUUAUUACUGAUGUUCGUUUCAGCCCAAGCAUGUCCCACCUUGCAACAUCAUCGUUUGACAAGUCUGUAAGGGUUUGGGAUACUGACAGUCCUGGCUACUCGCUCCGUAAUUUCACUGGGCAUUCUGCUACUGUAAUGUCGUUAGAUUUCCACCCCAUUAAAGAAGAUUUGGUAUGCUCCUGUGAUGGGGAUGGGGAGAUCAGAUACUGGAGCAUAAAAAAUGGUAGCUGCACAGGGGUGUUCGAAGGUGGCACGAACCAGGUGAGAUUUCAACCUCGUCUUGGUAGGUUUAUUGCUGCUGCUGCAGAGAAUGUUGUAUCAAUAUUUGAUGUGGAGACACAGUCAUGUCGGCAUUCUUUAAAAGGUCAUACAAAACCUGUCUACUCUGUCUGUUGGGAUCCUUCAGGAGACCUUCUGGCAUCUGUUAGUGAGGACUCUGUCAGAGUCUGGACGCUAGGAUCUGGAGGUGAAGGGGAAUGUGUGCACCAAUUUAGUUCAACUGGCAACAAAUUUUACUCAUGCGUUUUCCAUCCUUCAUAUUCAUCAUUAUUAGUUAUUGGCUGUUAUCAGUCACUGGAGCUUUGGAACAUGACUGAGAACAAGACGAUUACCAUUGCAGCUCAUGAAGGAGUAAUAGCUUCUUUGGCUGUAUCUACAGCUGCAGGUUUGGUUGCUUCCGCUAGUCAUGACAAACUCAUCAAGCUUUGGAAGUAACAAUAUUUGCUUCAGUAAUGUUCUUUUGUGCGG